AUGUCACAGAAAAAACAGAUAGACCCUCUACAUUCGCUUGCGGCUGGAUCCUUAGCAGGUGCAGUGGAAGCUUCCAUCACCUACCCAUUUGAGUUCGCUAAAACUCGAUUACAGCUUGUGGAUCGUUCGUCAACGGCAUCGAGAAAUCCACUUAAACUCAUUUUCAACACAGUCAAGACAAACGGCAUCGGUGCCUUGUAUGUUGGAUGUCCGGCAUUUAUUGUUGGUAACACUGCAAAAGCAGGUGUCAGAUUUUUGGGUUUUGAUGCCAUCAAAAACAUGCUGAGAGACCCGAUCACGGGAGAGCUCAGCGGUCCCAGAGGAAUUGUAGCUGGACUGGGAGCAGGGCUACUGGAAAGUGUAGUGGCUGUGACACCUUUCGAAGCUAUCAAGACCGCUUUAAUAGAUGACAAGCAAAGUGCACAACCAAAAUACCACAGCAAUGGCAAAGGCAUGUUGCGCAACUACUCUAAAUUAGUUGUUGACCAAGGGAUCUCGGGCCUUUACCGCGGAAUUUUGCCUGUUUCGAUGAGACAGGCCGCCAACCAGGCCGUCAGACUGGGCUGCUACAACAAAAUCAAGACCAUGGUUCAGGACUACACUAAUACUCCAAAGGAUCAAUCACUGUCAUCUGGCCUCACCUUUGUGGUGGGUGCCUUCAGUGGUAUUGUGACUGUCUACACCACCAUGCCUAUUGAUACCGUUAAAACUAGAAUGCAAAGUCUCGAUUCUUCCAAAUACACAUCGACUGUGAAUUGCUUCACCACCGUCUUCAGAGAAGAAGGGCUAAAAACUUUCUGGAAAGGUGCAACUCCUAGACUAGGGAGACUCAUUCUCAGCGGUGGUAUCGUUUUUACCAUUUACGAGAAGGUUCUCGUCGUGCUGGGCGCGUAA